AUGGCAGCGAAGCCGCGCGUGCUGGUGCUGGGCGGCGCCGGCAUGAUCGGCCGCAACUUCGUCAAGUACCUGAUCGACCGCGACCUGGUGGCGGCUGUGCGCGUGGCCGACAAGACCAUGCCGGAGAUCUCCUACUUCAGCGCCCCGCACAAGCUGGCGUUCGCGGACGAGCGCGUGCAGUUCGUGCAGGCGGAUCUCACGCGUGAUGCGCACGUAGACCGCGCGUUCAACCCCGAGUUCGGCCCCUACGACUACGUGUUCAACCUGGCGGGGGAGACCAAGUGCGGGCUCUCGGAGACCGUCUACGCCUCCAAGUGCCGCGACCUGUCGGUGAAAUGCGCUAAGAAGGCGCAGGAGGUGGGCGUGAAGCGCUACAUUGAGGUGUCCACGGCGUUCGUGUACAAGUCCCAGGUGAAGCAGCCGGCUAAGGAGAAUGCUGAGCUGCAGCCGUGGACGCUGCAGGCCAAGUACAAGCUCGAGGCGGAGGAGCAGAUCCGCAGUCUGCCUGACCUCAAGGCCGUCUUCCUCCGUUUGGCGACGGUUUACGGGUCGGCUGAUUCGAUGGGACUCAUGCCUAGAAUUGUCUGCGCCGCCUCAUAUGUGAAGCUCGAGGAAAAGAUGAAGCUGCUCUGGGACGCUGAGAUGCGUGUCAACACGGUUCACGUCUUCGAUGUAUGCCAAGCGCUGUGGCACGUUACGACUGCCGGAAGCGACGGCGAGAUCUACAAUUUGGUGGACAAGAACGACACCAACCAAGCGAAGAUCAACGCCGUGCUGGAGGAGAUCUUCCACAUCAAGACCGGCUUCAUCGGCAAGCUGGUGUCCAACCUGGCGCGCGUGCGCCUCGCUGACGUCGUGGACGACGCCAACGAGAAGCACAUGCAGCCUUGGGCCGACCUGUGCACGGAACACGGCAUUACCAACACGCCGCUGACGCCCUACAUCGACAAGGAGCUGCUGCAGCACAACCACCUCUUCGCGGACGGCUCCAAGAUCGAGUCCACGGGCUUCCGAUACGAACACCCCACUUUGGAGACGAAAGAGGUGCGCAGCGUGCUGGAAGAGAUGGUGCAGCAGAAGAUCUUUCCGCCAAUCUUGUCCUGA